CAAAUGCAAUCUAUAAUCUGUGAUUUAUCCAAUAAAAACCUGUGAUUUAUGUUUGGCUCCAGCGAUGAAAGUCUAUGCAUGUGAUCUCUAUCCAACAUGAGUAAUUGUUCAGAAAAUAAAAAGUAGCUGAAAUGUAUCUAUAUAAAGAAUCAUCCACAAGUACUAUUUUCACACACUACUUCAAAAUCACUACUCAAGAAAUAUGAAGAAGAUGAAUGUGGUGGCUUUUGUUACGCUGAUCAUCUCUUUUCUUCUGCUUUCUCAGGUACUUGCAGAGUUGUCAUCAUCCAGCAACAAUGAAACUUCCUCUGUUUCUCAGACGAAUGACGAGAACCAAACUGCGGCGUUUAAGAGAACAUACCACCAUCGUCCAAGAAUCAAUUGUGGGCAUGCAUGCGCAAGGAGAUGCAGUAAGACAUCGAGGAAGAAAGUUUGUCACAGAGCCUGUGGAAGUUGUUGUGCCAAGUGUCAGUGUGUGCCGCCGGGAACCUCCGGCAACACAGCAUCAUGUCCUUGCUACGCCAGUAUCCGUACACAUGGCAAUAAACUCAAAUGUCCUUAAAAGACUUCUCAUUUCUCAACUAUAGUCUCAUCUUCUGAUUAUGUUUCUUCUUUUGUUAUGUUGCAUGUGUGAUGUGUGAGCUUAUUAUUAUGUUGAUUGUUGACAUAAUUCAACUAUAUAAUUUGUAUCGAUUCCGAAUAAUAAGAUGAGUGAUUUUAUUGGCUA